UCGGUGGCAGGGUUCGGGAUUGUUUUUAAUGUUUCUGUAAUUUCUUACAUUUACAGCAUUUUGAUAAUUUGGAUACAUUGUUAUUAUAAUGAGAAGUUAAUUUUAAUCACCUGUCAUUCUAGAACACUGAUGCAUUUUUUAGUAAGUUUUAUUGAAGUUAGGGAGGUAGAUGGUUCUUAUUGAAACAAUACAGCCCUAAAGGUUUUGUGAAUGCUGGUUGCUUUUCUAGACCCUUAAAGACCUGGUUGCAACGGAGUGGCGUUUGUGCUGUGAUCAUGAUUGAUUUGCUUCUGUUGUUUGGAAUCUUUAAUUUCUUGGAGGGUAAUGCUAGUAAUUCGAUUAAAUGUUACAUUCUUAGUGUGGAUUGUCAGCCAAUAAAAGACUGAGAAACGUGACGGUGAGGGUGACAGAAUGAAGUAAGGAAUGAAUACUUGGGUGAGAGGAGGGUCUAGUUUAGCAUUAAAUUAUUUAUUUCAUUCUUCAUUCAUUAGUAUUUGCAGAUGGUGUGAGUUCUGUGGGUGGGGGGAAUGGGCAAGGUCAAACCCAAGUCCACUCAUGAGAAAAGGAACACUCUGGAUAUCAGAGUAUUCAUGCCAAUGACCACCGAAAACUGGACAAAUGUAACUCUUUUUAGACAUGGGGAAACAGGCAGGUCACGCUGCAAUUCCUGAGGUAGAAAAACAAGAUGAGCCCUACGGUCGUCCCCACUUAGGCUGGGGACAGUUUCCAGGCCACCUCACAGGGGUUGGAGGGGGAGUUAAGGAGAGCUAUGGAUUUUGAAUGUACUCAAAGGCCCAUGGUUGCAGGCUCUGUCCCCAGACUGUGGCACUGUUGGGAGGUAGCAGAACCUUCAGGAGGUGGGACCUAAUGAAAGGAAGUUAGAUCACUGAGGGUGUGCCCUUGAAGAGGUAUCCGGCCCUGGUUCCUUCCUGUUUCUCUUUGCUUCCUGUCUGCCAUGAAGUGAAUAGGCCUCCCCUGCCAUGUGUUCCCACCAUGACGUACUGUGUUGCCACAGGCCCAGAGCAAUAGGGUCUAGCAGCUCUGGAUUGAAACCUCUGAAACUUUUCAGGUGCUUAGAAGAAUAGGUAGCAGAGGUUUUCCUCAAAUAAAUGGAAUGCAUCACAGAACUUUGCUAACAUGGACAACUCUGCACAGAAAGAUGAACGCCCUGGCAAACCCUCCAGACAUGCCAGCAAGAUACACAAAGGUUUUACUGCUGCAUAUCCAACACAACCCUCCAUUCCUUUUAAAUUGCAAACUACAUUAGCUCCCGAACAAGAAAAAAAAGGAUUUAAUAGUCAAGCCAAGAGAUUUUAUCAUAAGAAGGAUGACCUUCCGGGUCCCGGGUUCUACAACGUCAUCCACAAGUCCCCCGUGUUCAACAGCGUCUCGCUGUCCAAGAAGGGAACCUGCACCUUUCCCUCCAUGAGCGCCCGGCUGGGCACCGUCAUUUCUAAAUAUCCCGCAGCAAACGCGUACACGAUCCCGUCAGAUUUUAUUUCGAAGAAAGACUUCAGUAAUUCCUGCUCCAGCAUGUUCCAGUCGCCAAGCUUCAUGAAAGUUCUCAAAUCCGAAACCCCCGCACCAAACCAUUACAACGCCUCCCUCUCUUGCUGCAAGCAGAAGAACAACGUCUCUGCCCGGGCUGGGUUCGUGUCAAAGACCCAGAGGGGAUCUUUCACUGUCCCCGAAACAGGACCUGCCCCAGGGCAUUACGAUAUCAACGAGUCCUUUGUGAAGCAGUCACCAAAGACGUUAAUGUCUUGCUUUAAAUCAAAAACUGAUCGUGGGCUAAAGCUGACCUCAACAGGCCCAGGUCCCGGUUAUUACAACCCGAACGAUCACACCAGAGUUCCAAAAAAGACCCAUAUCCCGAAAAACCCUAUGCUGAACUUCUCUGCCCAGCCGUUGCCUCUGCCCCCGAAGCCCCCUCUGCCGGGCCCCGGGCAGUACGAGAUCGUGGACUACGCAGGGCCCCCCAAGCACUUCAUCUCCAGCGCGUCGUUCGUGUCCAACACCAGCCGGUGGACAGCAGGGCCGACCCAGCCAGGCCUGCCGGGCCCAGCCACCUACAAGCCGGAGUUCCCGGGGAAGCAGUCCUUCCUCUACAAUGAGGACAACAAAUGGAUCCCAGUGAUGUAGCGAGGUGGUGGUGCCACACAGGCCCAGGGAGAACCCCAGCCCCAGCCCCCAGCCCGGCUCCCCAGGAUAUUCAUCAGGAGGACCUGUGUUGCACGUGGCAGCUGACAACCCACCACCCAGUGCUACUGCGAGGCAGCUGCAAUCACCCUUGCCUGGGGCCGCCACCCCCACCAGCCCCCGCAACGUCCCCCCCAGGGAGCCCCCAGGUUCUCUCCCAGAAACCCCCGCAGACUGGCCCUGCACGACUCACCUCCGUGGACUCCAGGGAGGAGACGGGUCCACCUGGACGGCAGCCAGCAGCAGAUUCCCAGUAUGGAAGCUGAUCCCGAGCAGGGGGUCAGGGGUGGGGUGGCCCUGCAUGGUCCCAGCCAUCCGCCCUUGACUUCUGGACUCCCCCAUGAUUUUCAGGAACCAGGAAGGCCCAGGAACACCUGUGACAGAGACAGGAAGGUGCUGGCUGGGCCCUGGGUGCCCGCUGAAGCUUCAUGUUGCGCCUUCGGGAAGAACCUGGAAGCUGGCCACCAGGUGCUUUGUCGUUACCCACCGGAGAG